AGAGAUUUGCAUCACGUCGCGAGAGAGACCAGUAACGACAAACAGCCACUCUAUGCCAAUAAAUGCGUGUGGUGAGCAGGAGUGUUUUAUGAAUCUGACCCUUACGUCUUUAGACUCUUGAGCUUGACCCACUUCUUUGGCGGAGCGCAGGGACGAGAGAGUGCACAAAGCGAGACCACAUAUAAUGGCUGCGGGAACGAGUAUAGCAGCGGCGGAUCAAGAAGGCGUCAUGACAAAGUUCACGCCGCCUGGGAUCGGAGAAUUGGCGUCGCGGUUCUUCGUUUUGGGAUGCACGUGUUUCGGGGGCCCGUCCGUGCAUCUGGCUGUUUUUCAGCAGAUGUUUGUGGGCAAGUGGUUUUCAGCGGCUCUGUUCGCCGAGCUGAUGGCGUUCGCGCACGUGCUGCCCGGUCCGACUUCCACGCAGGUGGCAUUUCUCAUCGGCCUCGCUGUUAUUUCCGGCGAAAUGCAGACACAACCAGCACAACUGAAGCCGGGGGGUGCAGCUGCAGGCACGGGGCCGAAUUCCAGCAUUCUGCGAACGGCGCUGCUCGCAAGUCCAGGAGGCGGGGGACCAAAUAAUACUUCCGGAAGUAAGACGUAUCCCUGGUACUACCCGGGAUUGGUUUCUGGAGGGCUCUUCAUCCUUCCCGGAUUCGCGCUCAUGUCCUUGCUGGGUUACUUCACGGUCACGUACCAGCAAACGCUGGAGAAGUCGGAAUUUGUCGGCUGCGUGCUGAUCGGCCUUGCGGCGGUCGGUUGGGGCAUGGUGGCUGCGGCAGCGCGGGGUAUGGUGGCCGGUACGUGUGGCGCCAGCAACUGGAAGCUACUCGUCUGUGCGGGCUCGUGCGUUGUUACCCUGUUAGUGUACCCAACGUCCUAUGUGGACUAUGCGUUUCCCUUUCUCAUCCUGCUUGGCGGGUGCUGCGCGUUGGUGGCUAGCUCCGCAGAGACGCAAGGCACUUCCGGUGAAAAAGUUGCAGGUACUGAACCUUUUUUUGUUCGCAAAUCAUAAUCAAUGUACAUGUAGAAUUUAUGUUAUAACUAGCAACAGCGCUUCCACUUCUUGUACUUCUGAUCUCGAUUGAAUGCAGAUUCUGCCUUGCAAUUGAUUAAGCUAUACUGUUCCAUUCGGAAGUACUUAGUCCAACGAAACGGACUGACCCCCGUGAUCAGAGCAUUGUUCGUGUAUAGCGUUGUUCACCCCGUUGACACGAUCACCAUAUUUUUAUCAACAGACCCGGUGAACACCGGUGGCAACGCACCACCAGGAGAGGGUCCCACCGCCACUGCGGUUCUUCUCCAGAACAGCCUGGCACUCCUUCUGCUUCUCGGUUGGGUGACGGUUCUUCUUCUGUGCAUCUUUGGGCAGCCGAUGUUCUCACAGUCAGUUUUCGCGCAGUUCUACACGACGGGCGCGCUCGUUUUUGGGGGUGGCCCCGUGGUGCUGCCCUUGCUGGACAAAAAGCUCGUGAGUACCGGCCGCAUCACGACGCCGGAGUUCCUCGCCGGGCUUAGUCUAGGCCAAGCGAUCCCCGUAUCCUGAGUAAAAACGUCCCCACCCCAUAGUUGUCAUGCAGAUUUGCAGUCACAGAAAGUAAAGAUUUGUCAUGCGCAUCCCCAUGAGAGACUGACAAUUCCAGUCGUGUUUUGGACUUUGUGAUGCUGUAAACAGGAUGAGCAGAUGGAUUUGUGUUUCGGCUGUACUUGCUAAACUGCACUACAAUACAGAGACGAACUUGUCAUGCUUUACCCCCAAAACCUCUCGAUUUGUGUUGCGAGAUCCCCAUCUUGACUCUGGAGUGGGGACGUUUUUGCUCAGGAUACCCCGGGCCCAUGUUCAACCUUGGGACGUACCUCGGCGCACUGUCACUACCUGCGAACCCGUUCGUCGGCGCGGUGCAGGGCUGCCUCGGGCUGUUCUCCCCGGGGGUCGUGCUGAUCUUCGGCCUCUUUCCCUUCUGGAAGGCACUGCGGCAGCGGUCACAAAUCUACCAGCGCAUGCUGCCGGGCAUGAACGCCGCGGCCACCGGCUUGAUUGCGGCCUCGCUGUUUGUCCUGUACCGCCAAUUGCAGCAGCAGAGACCACCUUCACUGGCCGCCUCCGUCUACCUGGUUCCGGCGAUCGCCAUUUGCGGGGUGGCCCUUGUGAAAGUUGCUAGCGUACCUGAACCGCUGGCCAUCAUCGCUGGCGGCGUGCUAACGGGCGUUUAUUCCUACGCAGUCGCGGGUACUGCGGGGGACGUCUUCACGUUAUUUGAAUUUUCACCUUGAGUGAGAGUGGCUGAGUUCUUGUUUUGAGUGCCCCUGCAGCAAGCAGAACGAGCUCGGCAUGAACCGGCCGCGGGAUGAUAUCCUGCUCGUCGCUGGUGGAGUCACACGGCUCUUCGGCUGGCGCGCAGCAACUGCACCCCCUCUUGAGAUUUUCCUGUGCUGGGAGUUAUAGAUAGUAAACGAGUUGUGAUAGGUCGUGUAGUGUUGAAGUACGAUUGCACGUCGAAAUGUGUGUAGUUUGUGCGCCAAAUAACGUCAAGAAGGAUGAGAUGAGCUUAUUUCAUGCACGCUGAUGCUCAUCCCCGGCGGUCGUCUCGGAUUCGCACGCGAAACGUCUCGGUAAGAAUUUUUGACGCCUAGUAGUUACAGGAAAUUCGCUUGCUUAUUUCGCACGAUGCUGAGCUGAGGCCGAUCGAUCAUGAGUGUCUCGAUCUCGUUUGCUUGGAUAAGCAAGAAGCGUCGCACGAGAAAAGAUCGAAUUUGUGUUCCGACGAUUGAACACGAU